UCAGUAAAAAUAAUAAAUCACCGUUACAAUAUUAAAUACAAAACAUCUAAAAUGUCAAAUUUGACGCACAAUGUUGACAUGGUGGUAAAUUUUAUUUAGUAACAAGGUUUGCCACUACAGUUUCUAGCCAAAAUUCAAGGUCAUGUCCUUACCCAACGGUCGAUUAUUGUUGUUCUAGUCCGUUACGUGUAUUUCUUAUGGGCCUUUCAAAAGCUGUCCUUACUGAAUGAUAUGCUGUGCCUCAACCGUCAUUUUCCUGUGUUCAAGGGCAAAAUGAAAUCGACUGUUUGGAUUCUUGAAUUGAAGACUAUCUUCGUUUGUUAGUGGUGGGACAGUGUCUUGUCUGUGUAGUCUGUGCUGGAGUCCUCAACCGCCAAAGGCAAGCGCCAAAUUUAAAUCGUCGAUGCCAAUAAAAUCCUUGUUUCACUAUAAUCGUAACAUGCUAUUUUCACGUGUAGUGGCCAAUCAGUUAUCAACAAUAUGGAAAGAAAAAAAGCAAUCUACUGUAGUGCAUUCUACUGCAGAAAUACUUCAAGCAACUGUCAGUACAGCUUUUUUAGAUUUCCAAAAGAACCUGAGAGAUUUAAAAUGUGGGCUCUACUGUGUACUAGGGGAGAUAUAAUCAACAAACCUAGCAAGAGUUAUACAAAUUACAGAAUUUGUGCCGCUCAUUUCGAAGAGAAAAUGUUUUCAAAUCCGCAAAAAAAUAGACUACAAUUUGACGCCAAACCUACAAAAUUCUCUACAGGUUGUCUAUUGGGAGAUUGGACCGAUGAAUUAGGUAAGGACGUAUGGAUUGCUGAUUGGGUAUCAACAGGUUCAAAAAGUUAUUGUUAUAAAACUAAUACAGGUAAAGUUGUUUGCAAAAUUAAAGGAUUUACAUUAAAAUAUGAAACGUCCGAAAAGAUUAAUUCCGAUAGCAUGAAUAAUAUUUUAGAACACAAAGACAGUAAAAUCAGUACACAAUAUAAUCGAAUUACCAGAGAUACUAAAACUAAAGAACUUUUAAAUAAAAUAGAAACAAAGGAAUUUGGUUUUGUUUAUGACAAGAGAGAUAUUCUGGAAAAUUUUGAUACAAUACCGUUUGGAUAUUAA